GGUUAGUGAUAACCUGCUUUUUAGGAAGCGGCCCCAGAUAGAUAGCGUAUUCUGAAGUUGCUCCAAUAGCCAUGUCCUCGGAGACUCAGACGAGCGGCUGAAAUGCCUCCGGGAGCCGGGAGAAUAAGAAACGCGUCGUGGUGACGUGGGGGCCGCCACAUGUCUCCCACGACCGUUUAGCCGGUUAGAACAUAUGUUUUUUCUUAGCCAAGAAAGAAUAAGCUGUUUUACUGAACUUGACCUUACAAGCGGGUCCUAAAUUUUAUAUAAUUGUCCCGCGCUUUCUCUUGAAUAAAAGGCUAUGGUUUUAUUAGGAUACCAUGAGAAUUGAGUUGCUCCCAAGUAUUACUAUGCCGGUCACCCACAUUUCCAAAGGUUCAAGUAGGCCCGCGAAGCCCCAAAACAAACUUCGUCUGUAUAGCAUGCGCUUCUGCCCUUUUGCGGAGCGUCCACGACUUGUCCUUGCGGCAAAAGGCUUGGAUUACGAAUGUGUGAAUGUGAAUUUGAAGAGUAAACCAGAAUGGUUUCAAACGCAUCCCGAUUGCGAGGGCAAGGUUCCCACUCUGGAAACAAUGGACGGAAAACUGAUCCCGGAAUCAGUUAUCAUUUGCGAAUUUCUUGAGGACUACUACCGAAAGAUCCCACUGUACCCCUGCGAUCCCUACGCAAAAAGCAGACAAAAACUCCUCGCUCAGAGAUUUGACAAGGUGAUGCCGAGCUAUUUCCGCCUGUUGAAUGGGACGGGAGAUGCAGAGGAGAAUGUGCAGCAGCUGACAAAACACUUCCAGACCUACGAACAAGAGCUUGACAGCAACACGGUUUUCUUUGGAGGAGAAAAGCCGGGAAUGUUGGAUUACCUUUUAUGGCCAUUCUUCGGACGCCUUCCGACAGCCGAACACGAGUUUCCGAUAAACGCCGAGAAUCUACCGAAGCUUUCAGCGUGGUUCAGCGCCAUGCGCGAGGAUCCGGCGGUCAUAAAAGUGUCGAUCAGUGACGAGCUCCUCCGCAGAUAUGCGAGGAACAUGGAUAAAGAGGAGGCACAGUUGUACGAAUGACCUCCCUUCUGAGCAGCUUUCUCUCAAAAUAUUUUAUAAUAUAUAGCUAGGAUAAGCCUUUUUUAAAGCCUCAAAAAGCUUAUUUUUACAAGGAAUAUUAGUCAGAGACGGAUAGGGAGCGGUGACGGCUAAGAGAGCGGAGACGGAUAGGGAGCGGAGACGGCUAAGGGAGCGGAGACAGAUAGGGAGCAGGGUUGUGGUUUGCUUACCGUUGAAUUAAAUCUGCCAAGAACGCCCUUGGUACCACCCUGA